AAGUGUGUUUGCCACUGGCUCAGUGGCUGAGUGGGACUCAUGUCCUUAGGAUCCAUGCAACAGGAAAAAGCUCGCGAUGCUCCUCAAAGAUCGCGAGAUGCAGGUGCCAUCGGCGAUGGUUUCUUGGGCAAUGCCGGGGUCCUGCUGAUGCUUUUCCUGGGUGCCUACCUGGCCCUGGCGCAGCGGGUGUCUUCCCAUUUGCUCCUGGCGGUGCCAGUGCUGCUAGCAGCCGGGUUGAUGACAUGGGGCACCCGUGCCAGCUCCGAGGAUGCAGCAGCGGAAAGCACAAAGAUCAAAGGUAGCAAAGAGGAAAGAACAGGUAGUGUAGAUGAAGUGGAUCCGAUUUGGACCGCAGAUUGGACCAACCCUGAGGAGCGGGGCCAAGUUGCGAAGAAGCUGCAAGAGUCGGAGGGCCCGAGACCUGUGGAGGUGUUCGAGCUGAGCGACACGCCGACGUGGCUCGUCAGACUCCAGCAGCGGCGGGACCAAGCCCAGCGGGCGAGCAACACCAAGCUUGUGCAGAGGCUCGACAAGCAGAUUAGCAAGGCGAUGACGACGAAGAUGUCGGAGCCAGGUCCUCGGAUAAGGCCGGCAGCCGGCAAAGAUGCCGCUGAGGAUUCCUCCGAGGAUGACGUGUGGGACAUGGAUUGGUCCAAGCACAAGUCUGAGCCAGUUGCGGUGGCGUGAGCACAAGUGAGUUUCACCGAUUCUCCCGACCCGGCGUGCAACCGGAGGGCUUGCCUUGGCCUGAGUUGUUUGAGUUUUGAGGAUCUGUUUACUUUUUGGUUGCUAGGGCCGGCA